AUGACCAGCACCACCGACAGCGUCUCCUCGACCUCCAAACGGAGAGGCGCAGGGCCCCUCACCACCGUUUUCACAACCCCGGAGUUUUGCGCCUCGAGCGCAUGGAACCACUAUGACACGCCUGCGCUGUCGAGUUCAAUAUGCAUGCCAAGCGGCUUCACAACAUAUUGGAACUACAAAUACGGCUUCUAUAGCCCGGCCAUCUGCCCUGAGAGCUACACGCAAGGAUGUACCUUUCCCGCCACAGCUGCAACAUUGAGCAACGGCACACCUUUCCUCGGCGGGCCUCUUGAGGAUGGCGAAUCUGCCAUAAUCUGCUGUCCAGCAGGAUACACAUGCAUGGGCUCCCCGAGCACGGACGUGUACGCCUGGAGCAAAUGCAUCGCGACGACGGCGUCGACGUAUACGAUGGCGUACCCCACCGUGUCGGCCUACACAACAACGCCCCUCGUGUUCGCCAUCCAAGUCCGCUGGAAGGAGGCCGAUCUCAACGCUCUCGAAACAAACCCCACCAAGUCGGGCGAGACCAUCACGCCGACAGCAACGUCGACAUCAGCGACGGCUGGAGCGACAGCCGGAGCAACAUCAUCCCUCCCGACCGGAACCGCAAGCGCAACGAGUGGUGCCGGCGCUUCAUCACCUGACGACGGCGAUGGCCUCUCCACAGGCGCCAAGAUCGGACUGGGUGUCGGCAUAGGCGUUGCAGCCGUGGUCUUGGGAAUCCUGGCAUACCUGGUGUGGAGACGGAGACGGGCAGACGGGCGGCAACUGGUGAGCACGUCGCCGGAGGGCGGAAGCGGAGGGAUGGGAGGCACGAAGGGAGGGUUCAGCGAGCUGCAGGACACACAAAUCGGCGAGCGGGGGAGCACGUCGGGCGGGAGAGAAGAAGCCACGGAACUGGAGUCGCCCGAGGGCACGACGUGGAACUCGAGCACGUGGGGAGGGUCGACGAUGAUCUCGCCGCUCACGCCACGACCGGAGACGGGCACGACGGCGACGGGUGCGGCAGGGGAGGCGACGGAAAUGGAGGUGCCCGAGACGCGGCACGAAAUGGCUGGGCACGUCACGGACUUUGCGGAGAUGCCGGCGAGUAACCAGUUCGUGGCCGAGCUGCCGGGGGACACGCCGGUGCAGCAUCGCGAGAAGUGGUCUUGA